UGUUUUUCUCUUCUCUUCCUUUCCACCUCACUCUUGAGCUACUUGGGGCGGUUUACGCUAUUGUCUGUAGCUGAGCGUGCAGGUCUUAGCACUGCGUCGAAUUACGACAUCUCCAAACUCUCCUACAGAUGAAAAAAACAAUAGGCACGGCACAGCUGAUACAGUUGCACGAGACCCGGCCACCAGCUCCGACACGACCCUCAAAAAGCCAUAACACUACCCUGCUUGAGCUUCUUUUAUGAUUUCUCCCGUCAAAAGUCCGGACUAAACCGCAAUUUAGCAAGCGACAGGAAAAAGCAUACAUGAAGACCACGGACCUGCAACCCUCCUGUUCUGUUCACCGCCCCAACAGCCAUGGCGGAGUGCGAUAUUCCUCCAGUCCAGACGGCCCCAGUGCCGGCCCCAGUACCGCGUCGUUCCUCCUCGCGAACCUCUUCCUCUUCCCGACACAGCCAGAAGGCUAGGACAGUCCGAGCCCGCUCCCAGAAGCGCCAUUCCGCCUCCUCAAACGCGACGACGACCGACCUCACAUCCUUCCCAUCUCUCUCCCCGCCAGACCGCUCCGUGAACGGAUUUCUCGGCCAGCCAGCGCUCAAUCGCGCGCUGACGAAUGCGCUGCUUGACGGGGACAACAGCAUCAACGACAUUACACAUGUUGGGAAGACUACGCGGGAUCGGAGAGCCACCUUGGCCAAGCUGACGAGCAACUCGGCGACCCCUAGCUCGUCGGGUCGUGCCGCUCUAUUCGGAGACUCGGUGCCAAUCCGUGACUUCCCCGGGGCAUUGCACCUGGCGGACGAUGCGCAUAUUGAACGGCUUAUCGCGACAACAGGGGCAGUUAAGCUGGUGAGGCAGUUUGCUCGGGACCUUGCGCAGCGAGAUGCGGAGAUCUCGGCGCUGAGGCAGCGUGCAGACGCCCGGGAGAGGGAAUUGAAGAGAAUGUUGCGGGAAGUUUCAGUCUCGAACCAGGAUAUUGAGCGGCGGCUUUAUGCGCUGGAGAACGUCCCCGAGCACCCCCAAGGCACGAAGGGCAAAAAAAAUGGCGGGGCCAAGGCAGACCAGACCGGGAGCUCGUCGUCAAGCGUGCAUGGAUUGAUGCAGCAGGCGAUGGAUGAUGGGGUCGGAUUGCAUGUCGCGGAGGAUCUCGGUGCGGAGACAGGGAAGAAUGCGCAGGCUACGGUUCGCGCUCCACAGCGGUCACUCGAGAGUGACGCGCGCUCGGGCCACUCGAGUCUCGACUCAGACUCGAAUCGCAAGAGACAGAGCUCGAUUCGAAGCUGGGGCGAUAUCUUCUUCAGCGGAACCUUCGGCAGUCGAAAGACAAGUCGCGCAAGCAGUGUCAUCAGUGGGGCGGAAGAGGAAACGCAACGGCCUCGAAACGCGAGCAACCCUUCCGGGCGCCGCAAAGCACUUGACGAUCAAUUGUUCCUACCCCCCGAUGACCAAACUAACGGCGAUGCCGCCAGUGUUCAGUCGCGCAAGUCAUCGAAGUCGCUGUCGUCGUGGACGGUCAAGUUGUUUGCUGGAAAUGUGCAAACGAACAAGGAUGAGACGAACGCGGAGAACCCUCGUGGCAGGGCGUUGUCGGCAAACCGCGAAGCGAACAAGCCUGCCUCUCCCGCCAUUUCCGCAGUGGCGGCUCUGAAGCGGAUCAAUAGUAAUGUCAACGUCCAGGGUGCUCCAGGACGGAACGCCGGGUCUAGUCCCUUGAUCAAAGCCAGCCAGGCCGGUAGGAGACAAGGGUCGUCCAGCGUCUCACAAGGUGCAGGCUCGGAGGCCGCAAGCAAAAAUGCAACCAAUCUCGGGCCCGUUGAGAUGGAUGCCAUCUUGCCACUCGAGUCUCGACCUCCGACUCUUGCCAAUAUCUAUAACAACUACCAAUCGGGAGAUUUGCUGACAGACCGGUUUGGGUUUAUCUACGAUCAGCGUCGCAAGAGGCGACAGAGGGAAGCCGGCGAUUUGAGAGCAGGUGGGCCGGCGGCCAACCGCCUUAGCAUCGCGGAGACCCUGAGCAGCAUUCGCACUGAUGCAUCGGACGGUGAUGACAACUCCGACUAUCAAAAUCAAAUACAGACUACAACAGGUAGUCACUCUUCACCGGCAUCAUUGUCACCGGAAAUUGCCGAAGCUGGUGCUAUUGCGGUCGGCCGAUGGCAAGAUUAUCUGGUAGUCCCGACGGCACCUACUGAGUUGCUCUCGCACACCCCCUCUGCUGGGCCCAUAAUCUCUUUGACUACCGCAGGCGAUACCCAGCAGCGCAAUUCUGCGGUAGCUAUUGACAAGCGUGGUUCCGUCUCGGUCAGUCCUAACGCUCAGCCGUCUGCGUCCACCUCAGCGGUAGUUGCCGAUCGCCCAGAAUUUGCAGGGUUGUCCUCAGAUGAGCCGGCCAUGCUGGCUGCUAACGAGAAUGAACCAGUGAGACUCUUGCUCGAGCAAUUGACCGAGCUUCAUGAUUCCUUGCAGCGAGAAAGAACGGUGAGAUGGAACGAGUUUCUGCGCAAAGUACGUGCCGAGCGCCGGAAGGAUGGAGAAGCCGCUGCAGCUGCAGCCGCUGCGUCGGAUCGCCCUUCGCAGUCUGUCGAUACUCCCGAGGCGUCCUUGGCAGACGGCGAAGUGGUGGGCAUAUCUGGCCUGGGCAACAAAGGUAAAGUUGGUCGCGCUAAGUGGCGAGAGUUCCGUGCUCUUGUCCUUGGCGGAAUUCCCGUCGCUCUUCGAGCAAAGGUUUGGUCUGAAUGCAGCGGUGCGUCUUCGAUGCGGGUGCCGGGGUACUAUGAUGACCUGGUCCGGGGAGUCGGUGGUAGUGAUCCUGAUCCAUCGGUUGUGUCUCAGAUUGACAUGGAUAUUAACCGGACUCUGACGGAUAAUGUUUUCUUUCGCAAAGGCCCAGGUGUGGCGAAGCUCAAAGAGGUUCUCCUGGCGUAUUCGCGUCGCAAUCCCGAGGUUGGAUAUUGUCAAGGAAUGAACCUCAUUGCAGCCUCCCUCUUGCUUGUCACACCUACAGCAGAGGAUGCUUUCUGGCUUCUCGCAUCCAUGAUCGAAGUCAUCCUGCCCGAACAUUAUUACGACCAUAACCUUCUGGCGUCUCGUGCAGACCAAGCCGUCCUGCGACGAUACAUAUCCGAAGUCCUGCCCAAGCUAUCUGCGCACCUUGAGGACCUGAACGUUGAGCUGGAGGCUUUGACAUUUCAGUGGUUCCUUUCCGUCUUCACCGACUGUCUUUCUGCGGAAGCACUCUAUCGGGUGUGGGAUGUCGUUCUGUGUCUCAACGUAACCAGCUCAUUCACGCCCACGAAUUCCUCGUCUUUAAAUGCCCGCGACAGCAACGAUGCUAAUUCCACCGCUACGAACAACGGCCCAUCCAGUAGCGGCAACGGAGGCGGCAGCACUUUCCUAUUCCAAGUGGCGCUUGCAUUGCUGAAACUGAACGAACAGCAGCUUCUCACAACCUGCUCCACGCCCGCAGAGCUUUACACCUACAUCAAUCACCAGAUGACCAAUCACGCUAUCAGCAUCGAUGGCCUGAUCCAAGCCAGCGAUGCGCUACGUAAUGUCGUCCGUCGAGAAGAAGUGGUGGCCCGGCGAGCCGAGGCCUUGCGGGACAUGCAGAAAUCUCAAGCUGGUCGCCCAUCCUCGAUUGCCGAAGACAACAGCAGUCAAGAGGCCUAA